CGGGCAUACAAAGCCACCACUAAUAAUCUGCAAGUUAAAUUAACCACAAUUAGCACUUAAUAAUGACAACGUCAACAAUCAACCAUGAGAUCACAGGGAUUACCAAUUUUAUAUGAAUUUAAUUAAUCAGAAGAGAGAGGCCUUGAUUUCCGCGUAUAUUUUAAACGUGAAGAAGCAAAACCCAUGUCAAGAUCUUGUUUUUUAAUUCCCAAAUAUUGGAUAUAGAAGUUUCUUGAAACGGAAGAAGGAAUCGUAGAUAAUUGAUUUGAGGGGAAUGGCGAGCGAUGAAGAUAUCAUGGAGGUCGAUGAUUCCCACGGAGGUUCUUACGGUAGUAAGGAUCAACGGUUGAAAGAUCGAAAAAAGAAAGUUGCUCAAACAAAGGAGAUGCUGUCGAAGCAAGCAGUUCAGACAAAGGAGAUCUUGUCGAAGCAAGCCGUCAAGAUCGCUAAACAGGCUGAAGAGCAUGAAAGCUUCAUCAAUAAGGUGACACACUUGCUUGGUGUUCUUGGCUUCGGAGGCUUCUGCUUCAUCUUGGGUGCAAGAUUUUUGCUAUUAUGCCAAUACGAUAUUCUUGGUCAUGCCUCUGUGUGAUCCCACAAAUGAGAAACUUUUCAUGGUUUGCUUCUCAUUUGCAGAGGUAAGCAGUUGGCUUAUGUUACUUCUGCCCAAUGUUAAUGACCUUGAGUCACUUUGUACCGGCAUUUUACUGAUAUCUGUUAAUGACCCUUGGCAUGGGCACUAAUCGUUUGGCGUUGUAGCUUAGUUUUCAAUUCCAUGUACAAGAUUGUAAGCGUCUUUAUACAUCUGUUGCCAGGUACUAAGCUGUUUUCCUUUGUGAGAUUAUUCAUACUGGCUCUGUUUGACUCUGGAUCUAAAAUAUUUCUCCAACUUUGGCAUUAUGCCUUCGCUUCCUUGUCCUCCCUUGCUACAAGCUACGAGAAAAACACGAAAAAUUUGAUUGAAUGCAAUCUCUUUAUCCAUACUUGUUGAAAUAUCGACUUUCUCCCUUUAUAAAAUGAUGAGAAAAAAAAAGAUGGAUUGCUACUUGCUAGUAUACGUGUAUGUAGUAAUUCUCAUAACCACAAGGCCUCUUUGUCACUGCAUCAUUUUGUUGCAAAACUACUCUGAGAAAUUGGUACUUACUCAGUUUUCCUCCGACCAUGUUUUUUAGCAAAUGCGGUUUCCCAGGACUAGUUUUCUUCACGAUCCGAUGGUGGGACCCAGUGUUCUUCGAGGCGAUGCAUUUUGAUGAGGAUGCUCAUAAAGGAUCAUGGCCCUAUGCAGAGACGAAAUCAUACCUAUGGACAUGGCUUUUCUUUGUCCCUUUAGCAGCUUCUUUAUUUUCUCAUUGUAAAUGUGCUUUGCGGACAGAGACUGCUGCGAGAUCCAGAAGUGAUGACCUCCUACAGGGGGAGCUGUCGAAAAAAGCACAAAAAGCAAACAACUUGUGGUGGCGCUUGAGCGGCUUGCUGGGAGAUCAGAACCGGCUGUUUAUGUUCAUUCUGCUUCAGGUGGUGUUCACUGUGGCCACAACAGCGCUUACUGUCCCGAUAUUCCCGUCCUACGAAUUACAUGUGACGUUCCAACUGCUCACGGUAUCCGCGACUAUAUGGAAUGGGGGUAACUUUCUUCUAGAAAUGAUGCCCAGACAGGUGAUUCUGAAGCAGAAAAGGAAGACAGAAAUGGGGCCUGUCGUGGUCGAAACUUCAGUGAAAUUGACCGAUGGUUCGGAGGUAACAUUAUCUCAGUAGGUGUAAAAUUUGAAGUGUUUGUAAAUCUGGUCUUGUGGUAUACUAUGUGAUCAGAAAUUUAUUUCGUUUCUAUAGAAUUUUCCCUUUUGUUUA